UCUCUUUAUAAAAAAAUCAUGUCUCCUCAAAAAAUCUCUAUUGUUUGUCUCGCUGGUGAUGGUGUUGGACCCGAGAUUGUUGCUGAAGCUGUCAAGAUCUUGCAAGUUGUUUCUGCUGAAAGAUCUCAAGCUCUCAAUGCCGUAUUUGAAUUCAAGAACGAAUUAAUUGGUUUGGCCGCCAUGGAAAAGACUGGUGAACCCCUUCCCGAUGUUUCUUUGGAAGCCUGUAGACAAGCAGAUGCCAUUCUUUUGGGUGCUGUCGGUGGUCUUCCUGGCGCUCAUGUGGGCUCUGGUCCUCGUCCUGAACAAGGUCUUUUGCGUCUCAGAAAGGAGUUGGAUCUUUACGCUAACUUGCGUCCUGUCUCCUUUGCUUCAGAAACUUUGACAGGUCUCUCUCCUUUAAAAGAUCACGUCGUCAAAGGUACUGACUUUGUAUUUGUACGUGAAUUGGUUGGUGGUAUCUACUUUGGUGAUCGUAAGGAAGCUGGUGAAGAUGGCAAAGCUUAUGAUACUCUUCCCUACUCUAGAGAAGAAGUUGAACGUGUCACCAGAUUAGCUGCCCUUUUGGCCAGAAAGCAAUCCCCUCCUGGUAAAAUUCACUCUGUUGAUAAGGCCAACGUUUUGGCUACAUCUCGUCUCUGGCGUAAGACUGUCACUGAUACCAUGGAUAGAGAGUUUUCUGAUUUGGAAUAUGAUCAUCAAUUGGUAGAUUCUUGUGCCAUGGCUAUGGUUCAACGUCCUACCAGUCUCAAUGGUGUUGUCUUAACCGAAAACAUGUUUGGUGAUAUUCUCUCUGACGAAGCUUCCGUCAUUGUUGGUUCUCUCGGUUUGUUACCCUCUGCCUCUCUUAGUGGUCUCCCCGAUGGUAAGGGUAAAUGUCUUGGUGUUUAUGAGCCCAUCCAUGGUUCUGCUCCUGAUAUCGCCGGUCAAGGUAUUGCUAACCCCAUUGCUACCAUCCUCAGUGCUGCUAUGUUGCUUAGAUACUCUCUUGGUUUUGAAACUGAAGCUCGUGCUGUUGAAGAAGCUGUGCGUAAGGUCUUGGAUUCUGGUUUCCAUACUCGUGAUCUUCAUGGUGACAAGUCUACCGUUGAAGUCGGUGACAAGGUUGCUGAAGAGUUAACUACCUUGUUAAAGGCACUUGCCUAAAAAAAAAACAAAAAACAAAAAAAAAAAUUACCCCUAUUACAUAAUAUCCAAUAGUCAUCAACAUUGUAUAAAAAAUUCCUUUUUCUCG